AUGUAUCACGCAUUACCUGUAAAAUCAAAUAAAACCAUACAUGUUGAAGAAUAUGAAACGAUUAAAUUCGAUUGUUCUGACAGUAGGAAAGUAUUAGCUGCGUGGCGAGUAGCGCUUCGGCAUGAUAAUGUAUUUCGAUAUUAUUAUACUGAACCAACGUUACGUUCAAUACUGUUGAAGAAAAAUGAAGAAGAAGAUAAACCGAGAGAUAUUAGUUUUGAAAAUAAUUCCUAUACUAUGAUCUUUCUCCACGUGAGACAAUGGAUGAACGGUGCUUUUGAAAAUAUCGAAUGUGUAGUGUAUAAUAAUGAUACGGAUCAGUUUGAGACAUUUGCAUUCUAUUUGAAUAUUUAUGUACCACCAUUUUCUUUAUCAUUGGAAAUCGAUGGUACAACGAUCAAAGAUCAUUCGACCUAUUUCUAUGAUGAUAGUCAUGAAAUAAAUCUAUCGUGUUCUGUAUAUUCGUAUCCAAAAUCAACACUCGUUUUAAAACUCGAUAAUAAACCAUUGUCAAUGGAUAUUACAGUCGAUUGUGUUAGCGAAGAUUUAGCAACAGUACUUUCGUCAAAUGAUGCCUGUUUAACACAAACAAAUUGGAAAUAUCGAGUAAAAACAAGUUCAGUUGUACGUUUAACACAAGAAAACGAUGGUCAAAACAUGAAUUGUAUAAUUACUGAUUUUCCACAUAAUGUUAAACAUCCAGCAUCAACAUGGAUGAGAUCGGUAAAAAUGCAAUUGAACAAUUCAGCAGUUGAACAUCAAAUUCCUUUUUCAUCACCACCAGCCGAAUGGCUACGUAUAUUUAUUAUAAUCUUAUUUGUUUUAAUUACAAUUAUUGGUGUUAUUGGUAAUGGUUUUGUACUUAUUUGUAUUUUAUCAAAAGAUAUGAAAACACGACGAUCUCCUACAAAUUUAUUAUUAAUGAAUAUGUCAUGUGCUGAUUUAUUAUUAUUAAUAUUUAAUGUUUUUGAUAUUGUUCAAUUAGCUCGAGAUUCAUCGUGGCCAACACGUUGGAUGCUUGGAGAAGCUCUAUGUAAAAUUGUGAGAUUUUCACAAGUAGUUGGAUGUUAUGUGUCGGUACAAACAUUGUUUGUUAUUAGUGUUGAACGAUAUAUUGCCAUUCUACAUCCAAUAAAAAUAUCGGAUAUCAGUCAACGUACACGUUUAUUAUCAACAUUUAUUGUCAUAUGGACAAUUGGUAUAAUAGCUGCACUACCAAAUCUAUAUCUUUUACAAUUGGUAACAUCAGACGUAACAGAUGCAUCAGUCAAAAUUUGCGGUUUAUCAAGUAAAAUAAUUCAUUUAAAAUUGGUUAUAGCUUAUAAAUAUUUUGAAUCAAUUAUGUUUUAUUUUAUUCCAAUACUUUUUCAAACAAUUCUUUACUUUAUUAUUUGUCGUAAUAUAUUUCUUGUUAAUCGAGCCAUGUUAGCUAAACGUCGACAAUUAUCAGCAUCAUCCAAUAUUCAAUUAAGAAAUUGUUCGUCGACAAAAUUAACUUCACUCCCGUCUCGUUUAACAGACAAUAGUAUACCAUCAUCAAGACGUUUACGAAAUGAAAAUCGUUGUCAUUAUCAGUUAACAUUGAAUAAAUCAGGUAAAAAAUUUUAUCAGGUAACAACAAUUCCUACAAGUGGUGUUACUGUACAACAACGAUCAGCAGCAACAAUCAGUGCUGAUGCUGAUAUGGCAAGGAAAAAAGCUAUUAUUAUGCUACUCUGCAUUGCCAUAUUAUAUUUUAUCUGUUUUUCACCACAACAAAUUAAUUUUAUUUAUACAACAAUUAAACAACAUCAUCUAUUAUUCAAUAAUCGUGUAUUUUUUGUUAUCACCAUGUUAUUUGCUCUACUAUCAACAGCAAUUAAUCCCAUAUUUUAUUAUAUAUUCAGUAAGUAUUUUCAUCGAAGAUUCAAUUUAAUAUUUCGUUCAUUAUGUCCCUUAAAAUUUACUACAACAUUUCAUAAACAAUAUCCAUUUUAA